AUGGGAGACCGCGUGGAAUGUAUAGGCGUCUACGUCGACGACCGCGUCCGAUCGGAAAGAUGGGUGCGCCGAAAUUCAAUCGAUACAACGACAUCGACUCUGUCGUCUGUCAGUUCUUUACUAUCCCCCGACGAGCCAGACGCUUUGCGGGCGGAUGUGGAGCAACUGUUGGAAGUGUGUAAAAAAGUUUACCUCUGUCACACUGGAGCAUCCUUUGCGACCAAGCUGGCCGAGCUCAGCGACCACUCCGGCAGUGACUGCACCCCGAUCUUUGCUUUCUGUGGCAUUGACUUCAACAUCGACGAAUCCAAUCUGGCCCGACGGAAAGCCGGUCGCAUUUCAUGGGGAGAUACGGCUCCCCCGUCUCCCGGGUCGGUUCAGCGUACUUUUACAUUCUCCACACAUUCGGACGAAGCGCCAGGCCUGUCGCUCCUUUCGGGUGUGUCCACUGAUAUUCAAGUGCAAGACGGCCCCAGCCUCGUCGUUCCGAUCGCCCUUUUGCGCGCCUCUGGUUCGGAUGCGCUCAGUGACGCCGCGUUGGGCCCUACCAGCGAACCGCAAAGUCGGAGUCCAGUCACUUUGGAGCACAAGCAGAUUGCUCGAUGCCUCGAUGCGGGCGCAAUGGAUGUCUUGCUUACUCCACUCGAUCGCGCCCGCAUCCAGGGUCUGGUGGUCCAUGCGUACCGGACGCGCCGAAAUGCUCAGAAGGAGAUGUCUCGCUUUCUCGCACGGAAGAAGCUGCGCAAGCUGUCGUGGGUGGGGAUGCACGAAGAAGAGCCAUAUUCGUAUUUGAGAGAGGUCAUGGUGUCGAAGCUGAUGAACGGCAUUUGCAACCCCGAGGAAAUCAUUGACGAGUUCCAAGAACGGGAUCUCAAUGUGACCGCGGAUCGCAAAGCACUGAUUAAGGAGCAGGUUGGAACCUGGAAUUUCUCCGCCCACGAUUUCUCGGAAGAUGAGCUGGUUUUUGGUGCCUGCCAGAUGAUCACUCAUGCGUUCAGCCUACCCGGACUGGAACAUUGGCGGCUGACUCCCGGUGAACUGCAAACAUUCCUUCUCGCCUGUCGGGCGGCCUACAACUCCUUCGUCCUCUAUCACAACUUCCGCCAUGCCAUCGACGUCUUGCAAUCUGUGUUUUGUUUCUUGCUUCGUAUCGGCGCUUUACCCCCGUACGACCCGAUUGGUCAGACCCCUGUUACGAAAUCCUCCAUCGCCUCUCUGAUCUCACCCUUUGACGCCCUCACUCUUCUGAUCUCGGCGAUCGGCCACGACGUCGGUCAUCCUGGUGUCAACAACUUCUUCCUUGUGAAGCUCAACGCUCCCUUGGCACAGCUGUACAAUGACAACUCUGUCCUCGAAGCCUUCCACUGUGCUGCUUUCUCUCAGAUCCUUCGCCGUCACUGGCCCGCCGCGUUCAAGGACAAGCAACUCCGAAAGCUCCUCAUCAGCUCGAUUCUGGCGACCGACAUGGGUGUGCAUCAGAAGUUCAUGGAACGGAUGGGGUCGCUGCAGGAGAAGUUCUACGCAAACAAUAAAUCGGUCGAUGGCUGGAAACCCCAGGAUAUCGAGAUGUACAAGACCCUGUUGUGCGGUCUGCUGAUCAAGGGCGCUGACAUCAGUAACGUGGCACGGCCGUGGCCAGUGGCAGAGAAAUGGACUCAGAUCCUGCAGGAGGAAUUUGCCAAUCAAGGCGAGAUGGAGAAGGAAGUGGGCAUGGAGACUGCGCUCUUUGGUGGACCUCCCGAGCUGGGCAACAUUUAUAAGCUGGCCACCAGUCAGAUUGGGUUCAUGUCCAUCUUUGCCCUUCCCCUCUUCGAGGGUAUUUCCGACCUUCUGCCACAGUUGCAAUUCACGGGCGACCAUAUUUGUCGUAACCAGGCACAGUGGCAGCAAUAUGCAAACCGCGAACUGCGCAAACAAGGCUUGCCCAUUCAAGAACGGGCGGAGAUUGCGGUUUCGCCUCGCUCCCGUAGCCCCGCCGUUCCGGUCGUCGAGUCCAGCGAGAGCACGCCCAGAGCUACUCCUGCGGAGGACUCAGUUCCUCCUGAUGAUUCUGAUUCGCCUGCAUCAUCGGACCGCACGGAAUCACAGUCUCGUGGCUACAAUGAGAACAACAUCGAGCCAGUGGUGUCACCGGACACUCCAGGCCCACAAAUUGAGAUCACCGGAACUCCCAUGGCGCCGGAUAUCACAUCGUCUCGCAAGUCCUCCAGCGCUAUGCCCGACCUCUCCUAUUUCUCCAUCCCGGCGGCACCGCAAUCAGCACGAGAAUCGAAUGCAACGCAAUAUCAAAAUCCUAUCACCGACACAACACGUCCUUCUGGGGACCCGGCCGUCUUAGCUGCUGCUUUGUACGCAAACUCGGCUACAAACGGGACCGCAUCAACAAACACCGAAGGACGCGAUUAUGCAAACGACCCAUCAUCGAACGACCGGCCGAGUAGCUCUCGCCAGGGGCAGCAGCCGGGAUCGACGCGUCACCAUGCACACCAUAGCUCGUCCGUCCGUACAUCUGGCCCGUCAAGUUCCAACCGUAACAGCUGCACUCGUACCCAGAGUGUCAGCACUUACAGCAACAACAUGACACCGAUUUCGCCUGCGACUAACGCGACGAGUUUCCUGCAGGUGGACAGCGGGGAUGAGAAGCGUGUCUCGGAUGAGAGCGCCCCUCAGAGUGACCUCGGAGCUCCUGAUGACAGCAGUACGCGCCCCAGCACGUCGUAUGCUUCCCAUGCGGGAGAUCAGGAAAGCACCUACAGCCGAAGCCCCAGCUUCUCUAAAGACAUCAGUCAUCCGCGGUCCGAGAAUGGAAACCACCUCCUUGAUUUCUCUCAUCCCGCACUGAACGGUUCACGCAGUCCGACCCAGCAGUCCAACACUACCGGUGAGAGCAUCAAAAAUGAAUCUCCGCAGGGAUCCCCUGAGGAUUCUCACAACGGUCUCUUACGGCGUCUUCCUAAGCGACGUAGUCGGCUGCGGCUUGCGUUUUGGAAACGUCGCAAUCACCACCAGCAGGAGGUUCAUGGUGAAUCUUGA